UCCCUUAGGAAAAAAGAAAAGAAAAUUCACACCGACAAACGACGGCGAGAAAAAAGGAGCGAGGAAAAAGUUGAGGGGGAAGCGAAGGCGAAAAGGCAGAUGAAAAGUCGCACACCGAGGAGGGAGCCUGCCGACCACCAGAGUACACACUUCAAAUCAUGCCACUUCACAAAUCAUCCCGGGCCCCUCGCCUGGACCCUACCAUGAUUUCAGCCCCACUGGGUGACUUCCGCCACACCAUGCACAUUGGGAGGGGAGGCGACGCCUUCGGUGACACCUCCUUCCUGUCAAGUCAUGGCCCAAGUGGGGCCCCCAGUUCUGACCUGGGGGCCCCAGGGCUCCUGCCGGCCGCUGACUCUCAGAUACCAAUUGACCACAGUGAUCUGAACGCAGAUGGACUUGGAAGCCCACAGGACAAUGAUCUUCAGCACUCUGAGUCAGUGUCUUCAUUCACCCUGGACCUGGACCUGGAUCUGGGCCCGUCUAUCCUGGGAGAUGUUCUCGGGGUGAUGGACGGACUGGGACUUGACUCUGAGUGGACAAACACCAACGAGGAGGAGGUGUUUAGUCCCAACAGCGGCGCGGCCACAGUGGAAACACAGCAGGGGAAAGGGUUGACAGAGGAGGUGUCUGUGAGUAUGCAGAACGAGCUGAAUGAGAAGAACUUAGUUGGGAUAGAUGGAAACCAGAUGGGAGACGGCAGGAUAACAGAUGGGAAUGGGAUCAAGCCAAAAGGGUUACGGCCAAAAGUGCGAUUCAGCGACAAGCGAGAGGAGAUCAUUCGUCAAGUGUCUGAGGAGGAAGAAGGUCAAGGGUUUGACUUCCAGGAUGAGGAUGAGCUGGAGUGUCGCAGCCCAACGGCGGGUGAGAGCGAGAGGGGCAACAGCCUGGUAGGUAGUGGUGAAGAGCUCAACAAUCACAAAGUGGAUAUGCCACCCAGUCCUGCCUCAUCACAUAGCUCAGAGUAUGAAGGAGUCACCUCGCUGGACAGGAGGAGGGUUGAAAAUUGCCAUUCAGAGAGCGACUCAGAGGAGGAAGACGUGGGAAAUGGUGGAAGGGGCUACACAUUUGAAGAUGAGUUUGAUGAUGAGAUUGGCCUAUAGGGGAGAGGUGUCAUGUUCCCACGGAAACAGAUCUUUGCUGUCAAGUAAAUCAGCCAUGUUAUCUUUGAUUCAUCAGCACAAUUUGAAAGGGAGAUUCAAAAAGAAUAUUUGAGGACACAAACUGGACAUUUCAAGACUUAAAAUGAAAGCAAUACCGUUUGUAGACGAAGUUCCUUAACUGGAAAAGACAUCGUUAUUGUAUUUUAUCCACAUCGGUAACAGGUUUGUAACAGACUGUGUCAUUUUGAUCAGAGAGAAGCAAAGUAUCACUUAGGAUGAGUUAUUGCAGCGAAAGGUUUGUAGCACUUGCACUCAUUUCAUGCACCUGGAAGCUUUGCAAUGAAACUUAUGCUCAGUGGAAAGUUUGAAUUCAGGCUUAAUGAAUGAUACUUAAAUUGAUAUUUUUAAUGUUUCUUUGUCAGCUGUUUUUGUCAUCUUAAGUACAUAAAAAUGUGUUACGUUUAUUAUUGCAUUUUUAUAAUAUGGUGCCUUAAAGGGAGCUGUAUACUUACGUUAUCGUACCCUGCCUCAUAACAUUGUCUUAAUAGUUAUUUUUCAUAUUGCAUGUUUAUUACAAUCUCCAUGUCAUCACUUGACACUUAUUGCAUUUGACUUGCUUUACAAUUAAUGGUCCCCAAAGCAGAGAUAUUGUAAGAAAAUAAAAUGAUCCUGUGUAUUGUAAAUAACUGUGAAUUUCUCACAUUCCAAAUCUAUUAAUGUACAGUAUGAUACCUCUGGCUUGGAUCAAAUAAUAAUUAUCUGUUUUUCAGAUAGCAGUUAUUUAGUGUUUGUUGCCAUAGCUACCAAAGCUCUUAUUCUUUUACCUCUUGUAGACUCUGGGGUUGAGCAACUGCAAAUGUUAAGACAAUCUUGGAAUUCAGAGUUCGUUGUCAGAUUGUAUCAGGACCAACAGCAUAUUUUUGUAAGUGCUUAUGCUUAUGUAAUGCCUCCUUUGGUUGUGCUGUAUAGGGGAGAGACCAUUAUGCUGGUUUAGACAUCUUUGUGUUUUUUUUUUGUUUUGUUUUGUUUUUUUUACAUGUUAUCCUGUGGGUUUAUAAAGAUCACAGUGAAAGCAAUAAAACAGUGUAAUUGGGAGUUGAAACAUUGA